CGGUCCGGCCAAGAUGGCGCUGGCGGCGGGGACGCGCGGCCCUGUGCGCGCCCUGCUCCUCGCGGGAGCCGGGCUGGGGCGCCGGGCGGCCGGCGGCGGCGGCGGGGACGGCGCGCGGCGCUUCUCGAGCCAGCGGGUGCUGGUGGAGCCGGACCCGGCCGCAGGGGUCGCCGUGAUGAGAUUCAAGAACCCCCCCGUGAACAGCCUCAGCCUGCAGUUCCUGACGGAGUUCGUCAUCAGCCUGGAGAAGCUGGAGAAUGACAAGGGCUUCCGGGGCGUCGUCCUCACCUCGGACUGCCCCAGCGUCUUCUCGGCUGGCCUGGACCUGACGGAGAUGUGCGGGAGGAACCCCGCCCACUACGCCGAGUACUGGAAGGCUGUGCAGGAGCUGUGGCUGCGGCUCUACCUGUCUAACCUGGUACUGGUCGCAGCCAUCAACGGAGCCUGCCCGGCCGGAGGCUGCCUGAUGGCCCUCACCUGCGACUACCGCGUCAUGGCGGACAACCCCAAGUACACCAUCGGGCUGAACGAGACGCAGCUGGGCAUCGUCGCCCCCUUCUGGUUCAAAGACACCCUCGUGAACACCGUCGGGCACCGGGUCGCAGAGCAGGCCCUGCAGCUGGGGCUGCUGUUCCCGCCGGCGGAGGCCCUCAGGGUGGGGCUGGUGGACCGCGUGGUGCCCGAGGACCAGGUGCAGAGCACGGCUCUCUCGGUGAUGGCCCAGUGGAUGGCCAUUCCAGAGCACGCGCGGCAGCUGACCAAGAGCCUGAUGCGCAAGGCCACGGCGGACCACCUGCUCCGGCAGCGCGACGCCGACGUGCAGAACUUCGUCAGCUUCGUGUCCCGAGACUCCAUCCAGAAGUCGCUGCACGCCUACUUGAAGAGGCUCAGACAGAAGAAGGGCUGAGCCGCCCUGGCCCCGAGCCGGCGCCCUGGCCCGAGGUUCUAAACAAGGUAGCUUUCGGUGUAA